AGCGCUAGCAGUACCGCAUAGUAGAAGUGACACUAUUUUCACGCACCAGCUAUAAAAAAAGUGAAACUCAGAAGUCGUUUUUACAAGUCCUUGUCCAUACACUCACUGUUUCAGUGUUUGGCCGAUAUGGAAUAUAAUAGAUCGGCUGCCUAUGGGAUCUUCGGUCCUGGCUGAUUCUCUGGCUCAGACGCUCUAGCAGGUGGAUGGUGCGCGACGGCAGUGUUCUCCUUUGUGUCUGUGCUGUGUGUUGAGGCGCGCGUGUGCGAAGGGCACGCGCCUGCAUCGCUUCUAUUGUCGUCGAAAACAUUUGUUUUGUUGCUGGGAAGACUCGUGAAAAGACAUCGGUGCUUGAGCAGACGUUGCACUGUCCGAUUGUACCUUCAAUAGGACUUCGCCUAUUGAACACUGAUUGCUAGUGACGGGGGGCCCCAGUCAGCUUCCUCGGUGAAGCCAGUGGCGUUGCAGAAGCCACUGUCGGGCAUGUCGUCCAACAGAAGACCCAGGGUUCCUUCACUCGUUGACCCAAGCAAAGAUGGAUCAUCGGGAGGCUCCGCGGCGGCUGGCGCGUCCGCACAGCGUACAGUCCAAAGAGAGCGAGGAAGCGCGCAAGUGAUCGAGGUGACGGCAACCUCGGGAAGUCUGCCCGACCAGAAAUACAAGAUCAGCUAUAGCGACCUGACGGUGGUGGGAAAGGGCAGCUUCGGCGUGGUGUACUCGGCGCGCCUGCACCUGGAAGGCACAAAAGGCGAAAAAAUCGCGAUUAAAAAGGUGUUGCAGGAUCGGCGAUUUAAGAACAGGGAGUUGCAAAUCAUGCGUACGCUGGAGCACUGCAAUGUGGUCAAGCUCAAGUGUUUCUUCUACACUGGAACAGAGAAAGAUGAGCUCUUUCUCAAUCUGGUUCUGGAGUUUGUCCCCGAGACCGUGUAUCGUGUCUCUCGGCACUACAACAAGUCGCGACAAAGCGUCCCGUUUCUAUACGUACGCCUGUACGUCUACCAGCUGUUCCGCUCGCUGGCCUACAUCCACUCCAUGGGGAUAUGUCACAGAGAUAUCAAGCCGCAGAAUCUUCUCGUCGACCCAGAGUCGGGUAUCUUGAAGCUGUGCGACUUCGGCAGUGCUAAGCAACUGGUCGCAGGUGAGCCGAACGUAUCGUACAUCUGCUCUCGCUACUAUCGCGCACCGGAGCUGAUAUUCGGAGCAACAAACUACACGUCCGAUAUUGACGUGUGGUCAGCCGGCUGUGUGCUGGCCGAGCUUCUGCUAGGGCAGCCCAUCUUCCCGGGCAGCAGCGGUGUGGAUCAACUCGUGGAGAUCAUCAAAGUGCUGGGAACGCCCAGCCGCGAUCAGAUCGACCAGAUGAACUCCAACUACACCGAGUUCAAAUUCCCGUCGGUCAGAGCGCACCCUUGGCCCAAGGUCUUCCGUCCCAGAACGCCACCGGAGGCCAUUGACCUCGCUUCGAGGAUCCUAGAAUACGUGCCGAAGAGGAGGCUGAAGCCACUGGAAGCAUGCGCCCAUAGCUUCUUCAGUGAGCUACGCGAUCCAAACACACGCUUGCCAUCCGGGAUGCCCCUGCCACCGUUGUUCAACUUUACAUCUCGAGAGCGCUUAAUAGCACCGGAGCUGAAUGCCCAGCUUAUACCUGCUCAUGCUGCUUCACAGAAUGAUCCUUGAGUAAUGAACGCGCAGAUAAUCAAUGACCAGACAAGUUCCAAUUUGCCUCGCACAGCAGCCUUGCAGGGUAUCAGCAUCCAGCUUGAAGGCCACUAGUAUUUGACUACGUGGAAUGGACCAGACAUGACGGCACCUGGAGUGACGACUGAUUGUAGUGUUUCGAUACGUACCUGGACACUCCGACUCCUGACUUUGUGCAUAAUGUACUUGGACAGUAGAUGCUUGAUACGGUUGAUGGCUUGCCACCAUGUUAAGUGCUGGGCAAGGACCUUUAAAAGCAGUGAUGUGCGUGCGACCAAGCAUUUCUAAGUGACAAGGCGAUAUACUGGCCGACUUCUCAGCUCUGCAAUACAUGCUACGGCUUCUCAGCUCUGCAAUACAUGCCACGACUUGAGACGACUAUUGGUCCCGUAUUUGUUCAUAAACAGUGCGGGUUCCCGCGUGCAUGUGGUUGUGUAUGUGCGUGCGUGCAUGCGUGUAAAUAUGCGUGCUUGUUUGUUUGUGUGUGUGCGUGCGUGUGUGUUGCUACGUGCGUGUACGUGUGCUGCUAUGUGCGUGUGCUGCUAUGUGCGUGUGCUGCUAUGUGCGUGUGCUGCUAUGUGCGUGUGCUGCUAUGUGCGUGUGCUGCUAUGUGCGUGUGCUGCUAUGUGCGUGUGCUGCUGUGUGCUGCUGUGUGCGUGUGCUGCUGUGUGCGUGUACCGCUAUGUGCGUGUACCGCUAUGUGCGUGUAAUGGUGUGUGCGUGUUAUAUUAUAUAUAUAGUGAAUGGCAACGUUUGUGCAUGUUACGGAUAUUGUAUAGAAAUUUGCGGACUUGUGUACGACUAGCGACGCCCUGCUCCUAGAUAACCAAUGCCUCAGCUACCUUCUCUCCCAUCACGUCCAGCCGUGUACAUACAUUGACCAGACUAAUCACUCCACAGACUCGAGACUGGCCAUGCGCUGUUGAACCGCUCCCAGUGACAGAAUCGCCUGUGGCGUGGCCAUCCAAAACCGUAGUCACUCCCUGUACAUGUCCGUGCAUAGCCCUGUUCUUGUGUAACGUUAUGCAAUACUAGUAGCGCUGCUUGAGCUCUGCACCUCAAUGUAUCCGCAGUACCAGCUGCAGCAGCGGUGGGAACACUGUGUACCACUGCCGACGCUCACAAAGUCACCGUGUCGCUAAUAAUCAUCUCCCUGCUCCUCCACGCUUAUUGUAAGUCUAUAUAAACACAGCUACAAUCAGUGCUAUAUAGUCCCAUGUGCAUAGCAUGCAUGCUGUUCUUUUACGCACUUUCAUCUCUUUCCAGGCACCUACCUAGCAAAAAUCAUGUUAAAGUAUCUUCUCACAACGAACGCGUGUAUAGUCUAGAAUGCUGCUGCUGAUCGUGCGCCUGAUGAGUCUUGCUAUUUCUCUCUGCUGUGCCACGUGAAUGAUCUCGCUUCGUUUCUUCUUCUAUUUUUAAAGAUUGUCCCGUUGUCCAUGUCUUCUCCGUAUGCAGUGCUGCCGCAGUCGUAUGAGGUGCCCCCUGCUGCUGCUGCGACGGCCGCCGCUCUUUGUAUAUAUAUAUAUUCUUUAUCAUCACCCGUUUCUGUCCAUAUCGGCAGCUGUAGAGACGUAUCUGGUAUAGAAACCUCAA